AUGGUCGGCGCCCCCCUGCUAGACAUCCUAUUGCCCGAGGGCGCCGAACCAGGCGCCGACGCGGACGCGGGCGCGGCGGGGACGCCCAUCGCGGGCCCGGAGGGCAGCAGUGGCAGCAGCAGCAGCAGCAGCAGCAGCAGCAGCAGCAGCAGCAGCAGCAGCAGCAGCGCCGGCGCGGCGCCGGCCCCGUCGAUGGUCCUGGCGUCACCGGCGGUGCGAAACCUGGCGCGAGAGCUCGGGGUCGACCUGGGGACGGUGGCUGGCACCGGCCCGGGGGGCCGGGUACUAAAGGAUGACGUCAUCACGGCUUCAGAGGUGCGCGGCGCCGCAGCCGUCGCUGCACAGGCGGGGCUCGGCGCGCCUGCAGCCGCCGUCGGCGCGGGCGGCGGCGGCGGUGGCGGCACAAGCUUGGACGACGUGGCGCUGUCCCUCGGCCGCGCCGCGGCCGCGACGGCGAUGGCGGCGGCGGAGGACGCCUCGGCGGCGGCGUCCGCGCCGCUCGGCGGGCGCCCUGCAGUCAUGCGUGCUGCGGGGCCUGCGGAACCCGGGCCAACGGCGGCGGCGGCAACGGCACCAGCACGCGUGCCUCUUCGCGGCUACCGGCGAGCGAUGGAUGAGAUGGAGCUGGACGAGCUGAUGCGCGUCAGGUCGCACCUGAGGGAAGCCGCCGGGCAGCUGCUUCUGGGGGGCGGCGCAAAGCUCACGUACCUGCCGUUUGUGGUCAAGGCGUUGUCCGCCACGCUGGCGUCCCAUCCGGAGGUCAACAUGCAGAUGGCGCCAGGCGGGCGGGAGCUGCUGCAGCUGGCGGGGCAUAACGUGGGGGUGGCCAUGGCGACGGGCGGGGGGCUGGUGGUGCCGAAUGUCAAGGCGGUCGAGUCCAAGACCAUCCCAGAGAUCGCGCUUGAGUUGGCACGCCUGCAGCAGCUGGCGGCAGCGGGCAAGCUCGCGCCCCACGACCUCGGGGGAGGCAGCAUCACCAUAUCCAACAUAGGCACCAUCGGCGGCGUCUACGCCACCCCCAUGCUCAACGCGCCCGAGGCAGCCAUCCUCGCCCUGGGCCGCGUGCGGCCGCUACCGCGAUACGACCCCGGGACGGGCGCCCUGGCGCGGCGCCAUGUGAUGGGCUUCUCCUUUGGCGCAGACCACAGGGUCGUGGACGGCGCCGCUGUGGCGGCGUUUGCAAACACGUUCAAGCGGCUCAUGGAGGAGCCCUCGCAGCUGCUCAUGCACCUGCGGUAG